AUGCUAUUUUGUCCAACAUGCUCAAAUAUGCUGAUAAGUCAGUUGGAUGAAGAAUCUACGAAUAAUAAAUGGGUAUGCGCUAUUUGUCCGUAUCAAUUUCCUAUGACAAAACAAUUCAACACGCGGCAUAAGCUCAAGCGUAAGCAAGUAGAUGAUGUUUUAGGUGGUGAAGACAGCUGGAAGAAUGUCGACCAAACGUCUGCAGAGUGUCCAAAAUGUUCAAAUGGCAGAGCAUUCUUUAUGCAGAUACAAAUAAGGAGUGCAGAUGAACCGAUGACAACGUUUUAUAGGUGUACAAAUGCAAAAUGCGCUAAUCAAUGGAGGGAGAAUUGA